AUGAUUCAACGAACAACUGUCUAUUAUAAGAAACGACUUUUCAAUACUUUUCUUAUCGGUUCUUUGAAAAGAUUUCAAUUCUCUUCUUUUCAUAUUUCUAAUUGCAACCAAUUGGAAUCCCAAACAUUGAGUGCUGAUCAAUCCAAAUGUCCUUAUCACAAAACCGAUUCAACGAAACAAGCCACUCUCCAAAAUUGCAAAUCUAUUGAUGAAAUGCCAGGUCCUAAGAGAUUACCACUUAUUGGAAACUUGUUAGAUUUAAUUAAGAAUGUAAAGUCAAAUGCUGGUCCUUAUUUUCUUUCAUUGUCGGAACAGUAUGGUGACUUGGUUAGAUUGAAAACCUUCAACAAUGAUCUUGUGAUAUUAUCAAAUCCAGAGUUGAUGGGUGAAUUAUAUAAGAAGGAAGAAAAGAGGUCAACCAUUCAAAGUUCAAGAAAGUAUAAGCUGGAGAGAGGAAUUCCUUUGGCUCCAAUUGAAAUGCUCUAUGAGGAACCAUGGCAAGAGACUAGACAAUUGUUUAACAUUGCCAUGAAACCAGAAUUCCAAGAUCAAGUCGUAAUUCCUCAAUUGACUCAAUUGAAUGGUGAAAUGAUAAGAAGAUUAAUUAAAUACUUAGAACCAACACAAGAUCCAGAUAAAUUCAGACUAACGGAUAGUGUAAACGCCAUUUCAAGAUAUGGUUUCGAUGCAGUAAUGGCUGUUUUUCUUGGUGUUAAAAUGACCGAUGAUAUUACAAAAACAUUUCCAUUUGAAAUUUCAGAUUUUGUAAAGUAUUCAGUUGAGUCAUUGGAUGUAAUAAUUAGAUUAUUGACAAAACCAUCCCUGUAUCAAUAUUUUAAAACAAAAGAAUACAAGAGAAUGGAAUUUACCUAUGAAAAAUCAUUCGAAUAUGCAAAUUAUGUAAUGAACAGGUUUAAGGUCAACCCAAGCGAAAAGCCAAGAUUGUAUGAACUGCUAAUGGAACGUUCAAAGAAUGAACCAAAUCCUGAAAUUCUGGUUCAAUCAGUUAUGAAUUCAUUCCUUCAAGCUGCAAUCGACAUUACAAUGACAAUGAUGAGUCAUGUCAUGUACAGAUUAGCUCAUCAUCCAGAUUACCAAAAAAAACUUUACAAUGAGCUAUUAGAGGUAUUUGGAGAGCCAACUUUAGACGAGGUUACUUCAGAGAACGGUCUAGUAGUAAAUGCAGAGCAAUUCAAGAAACUAAAGCUCACUAAAAACUUUGUGGAAGAAGUUUUACGCCUCAAUCCCUUUGGAUAUGCUUCCAGUGCAAGAAUACUCAAUAACGAUACAGAACUGGGAGGAUAUAAUAUUCCAAAGGGUACAACAGUUAUUGCACUCCAAAGACGUGCUUGUUUGAGUGAAGAGUUUGUGCCACGAGCUCAAGAAUUCAUUCCAGAAAGAUAUGAGAGAAAUUCACCAUUGGCAAUGAAGAGUUCAUUUGUAAGCAGUCCAUUUGGUGUUGGUGUAAGUUUUCUAUCAAUUGCUUCAAUUAACUUGCGAAUUAAGGCAAGAAAAUGCCCAGGUAGUAGAAUUGCAACCUUAGAACUUUGCAUGUCAAUUGUCAACACUGUCAGACAUUUCAAACUUUCCUUAGAGGAAAAGGAAUUCCCAGAAAUGAGCACCGAUCGUUCCUUACUCUACAUUGACAUGCAAAAGCAUCCACUGAUCUUCUCUCCAAGAUCCCAUCUUACUGAUUAUUGCAAAUCUCAAAAGAAUUUGUAA